UUUCCGCUAGGGAGCUGCACCACGUGAAGUCCUGAAUAUUGCUGUUGGAAUUUCACGUGUCCUAAACGUUAAAAGGUGUUUUGACGCUGUUAAGAGAUAAAAUAACUUUUUGGUAAGAUGGUAAGCAACAAAAAGUCAAGAGGGAGGAAGAAGUUUCAGUACCAUGUCGACAAAAAAAAGGUUGCAAAGAAAGCUAGGAAGCUUCCAAACAUCACUUGUUCAGCUAUAAAAGAUAAUUGGAGAAGUAAUCUAUCAGCAAGUCAAAAUUUAAAAGUUAUGGGACUGGUGUAUGAUUCAAACAAAUCACUACCCGUCAGCACUAAGACACCUAGGGGUCCUGAAAAUCCAGAACCAACAACUGUUGUUAAAGAACUUGAAAAAGAGUCGAAUGCUCCGAGAACUGGAACCAUGAGAAUGCCAAAAGAAAAAGUCAAAUGGAUUGAAUAUCUUCUCGAGAAACAUGGAGAGGACUAUGAGGCCAUGGCCAUGGACAAAAAGAAUUACUACCAAGAAACUGCAGCCCAGCUAAGACAGAAAAUUAAACAAUUUAAGAAAAGACCAGCCUAUUUGGUUAAAUUUAUGAAAGCUUGUGGGAAGCUCCCAUCUUCAACAGAGUCUGUCACAGAAUGAGCAAUCAUGGUUUCCCCGUGGUCCCUGGUUUUGAAAGUCGGAUAGCGUAUUCUGAGCAAUUCGAGCAAAGUAUUAUAAUUUGAUAUUAUUUCAUCUAAAAAUCUAGUGAGCUCCAUGCGCAUAGUAAUAGUUCGAAG